GGCCCCAGCCACGAGCCGUCGUCCGCGCUAAGCGUUCGCUGGUUGGGGUGAUGGCGACCGGGACUCCGGAUUCGCAAGCACGGUUCGGCCAGUCGGUGAAGGGGCUUCUCACGGAGAAGGUGAACACUUGUGGUACCGACGUGAUCGCACUCACCAAGCAGGUGCUGAAGGGCUCACGGAGCUCCGAGCUGCUAGGUCAGGCAGCUCGAAACAUGGUCCUACAGGAAGAUGCCAUACUGCACUCAGAAGAUAGUUUAAGGAAAAUGGCAAUCAUAACAACACAUCUUCAGUACCAGCAAGAAGCUAUUCAGAAGAAGUAAGUAAGCUCAAAGUGUUGAACAGUCAUCUGAUCUACAGGACCAGUUGAAUCAUUUAUUGAAGUAGAAUGGCAUCUAACAGAGGAAUUGUACUGCUUUGCUUGAUGCUGAGGGGGAAAUAUCUUACACAGCAACAGGCUGUGUGUUUGAGUUUCCAUUUUCAUCCCCAAAAUAAGCUAGACAACACUUGUGAAAAGAAGCUAGGUAGUUGAAUUUUGGAAUCACUUCCUAAACUGAACUAACUCAUACUCUUAUUGAACAUUUAAUUUGUUGUGUUUAAUUCCAUAUUAAAAGAAAAUCCAUAGGUUCAAUCCUUAGUACAAAAAACAAAACAAAACAAAACCCAACCAAAAUUAUAAGAUAUCUUAGUUUGUUAAAAGCUGGAUUGUCCUUGAGCACAUACUAAUUUUUUUUAAGGUUCUCUAUCCCUAUGUAGCCCAGGCUGGCCUUGGACUCAUAAUCUUCUGCCUUAACCUCUUAAGUUCUGGGAUUACAGUUGUGUACCACCAUACCAUACCACCAUACCACCAUGUGCCACUGAGUAAUAUAGUCUCAGUUGCUUGGAAGACUGAGGCAGGAGGAUCACUUAAGCCCAGGAGUUUGAGACAAAAUAGAAAAGGUCCAUUUCAAAAAAGGAAAAGGAGGGAGGUGCUUCUAAUAGGAACACAUGAGAAUGGUUAAUAUUUAAAAAGGCUUUUAACCAUUCAUUCAGGAAUAUGCUCAUUUAAUGGACACAGACCAGCGUUGGAUAAUGCCUGUAGUUUUUCUUUGUUGCAAUAAAUUCUUACAUGAGAAUUAGGCUAAUGGAAUCCUGUUUGACCAACUGCAGCCUCUUGCCUUGACCUGCAUUCCUAGGGCUCUUUUCUUGUGACUCUUGAUUAAGUGUCCUUGGUUUGUUUUGUAACUUAUCAGCAAAUUCACUUGUGUGACGUUAUUGCCGAAUGUGAAGGGAAUUAAAGUUGCUGUAAAUGAUUGUGGAAUAGAAUUGUACCUAAAUGAUGA